ACUAAAAAAAACUCAAAUGCAUACGAAAAUUCUUACGGUAAUGAUGAAACUGUUACUUCUAACGCUAUUGGUUCAUUUCGGUAGAAGUGACGAUGAUACAGAGAAUAAUCGGAUGCUAGGCGUGGACACUGUUCACAAUGUGAAGAUUGAUAAGGAUACUAUUAUAUCUCGGAACUUGAAACUAGAGAGGCGUAAUAAAGGACGCGAGACCAAUCACCACAAACAAGUGGAACCGGAACCGGACUGGUCAUACAGCCCCAUCCCGGGCGACGUGGCGCCCUACGUCCAAGAGUUCAAGCAGAACAUGACAGAGUGCCUCAAGGAAGUACAGGCUAACGACAAGCGAACGGUGAAGAGAUUGUCCCCGAAGAGCGAGUCGCCGGUCAACGGCGAGUGCCUGAUCGCGUGCGUGCUGAAGCGGAACCAGGUCAUUACCAACGGGAAGAUCGUUAAAGCAAACUUAAUAUCCCUCGUAAGCAAGUUCUACGCCAAAGACACGAAGAUGAUGAAGAAGCUGGACAAGAACCUGGACCGGUGCGUGGAGAUGAGCGCCGCCAUCCGCGACGAGUGCGCGCUGGCCGCGCACCUCAACCAGUGCACCAACGAACUCAUGGCCAGCAACAAACAUAAAAUAUCUAUCAAUUAUUAAUUAUUAUU